AACAUUUGUUGAAACAUUUAUUCAGAUUAACAUAUAAAAGUAUUUAGAAAAGACCACCACUCUUUAUGGGUACCGUACUUACUUGAUGUGUCUCUUAUAGUAAGUGUGAAGCCAAUAUAGAGAAGAAAUUUGGUUUGGCAGUUUGUUUUGUUUAUAAAUAUAUUUUUUACAGGAGGGUAUUUCCUAUGAACCAAAUUCACUGGAGAGCUAUGCUGACACGUUCAUCAAAUGUGUAAAAUUUUCAUAUUCGAUGGCAUACUAUACUGCUCCUGUUCUUGUGCCGAUACUGUACAGAAGAGCAUUCUUUAGUAUUGAUGGGUUGACAUGGAGCAUUCAGAUGGGUGGUACAGUGGCCAUAUUUUUGACAGUGGCUGUUAUAUGCAGAGCAAUAGGCAGAGUGACAAAUAGCGAAUAUCAAAAAUUCAUAAAAUCGCUAUGUGAUGCGAAAGCUGGGGGAAGCGCUGAGCAUAAGAAAUUAUUAUCAGGCUAUGAUUUUGAAUUCGUUCAUUCACCGAUACAAUUCAGCUGGAAUCAUCUGGAGAAAGAUGAUCAAAAGCAAGGAAUGGAUAUCAGUGCUCCAGAGACUCCUAAGAAUGGGUUUAUAGGACAAAUAACAGGGCCUCUGUCUAAAGUAUUAGGGUACUUUGCAAUACAUUCAUUUGGACGCAGACUUAUUUACCCUGGGACAUUGAGUUUCAUGCAGAGUGCCAUGGCUCCUGCACUCGAGCAAGGCCGAGCCAAGCUGGUGGAGGAGCAUGGUGGCCAGAGAGCAAAACUACAGUGUAGAUUGGGAAACGAAAUAGACACCAUGUUUGUCGACAAAAGAGGAAACGAAUCAGGAUCUAUUAAUCGAGAUACCUUAGUGGUAACAUGUGAGGGAAAUGCUGGCUUCUAUGAAAUAGGCUGCAUGGCGACACCUCUGGAUUGUGGAUACUCUGUUCUUGGAUGGAACCAUCCUGGAUUCUGGGGAAGCACGGGUGUACCUUUGCCAGAUCAAGAGGCUAGUGCUAUAGAUAUAGUCAUGAAGUACGCCACCAAAGGAUUGAAUUUUCAACCUGAGAACAUCAUCAUAUUUGCAUGGUCUAUAGGAGGAUAUACUGCGACCUGGGCAGCCAUGAAUUAUCCUGAUGUAAAGGCUGUGAUUCUCGAUGCUACAUUCGACGAUCUUGAGCCACUUGCGAUUGCACGCAUGCCUGAUUCUUGGCGUUCAUUAGUAACUGCUGCUGUGCGGACCCAUAUGAAUAUGAAUAUUGCAGAGCAGUUGAUUAAGUAUCCGGGAGUGAUAAAGCUAAUUAGACGUACGAAUGAUGAAAUGAUUACAACAGUAGAGCCCCCACAGCCUACGUCAUUGAGGUCCAACAGAGGAAACAAUCUUCUUAUAAAGCUCUUGCAGUACAGAUAUCCAAACAUAGUGAAAGGAAAAUGCAUUGAAGUAUUGUGGAGGUGGCUUGAGUGCGGCAGAGCUCAGCAGAUUCUGAUGUGGUCACAGUACAAUAUAGACAAAGACAUCUGCAGUUCUAUCAUUUCGUCUGCCCAAGAGCACUCCACAUCUUAUCCAGUCGAACUCGGAGAGGAAAUGGGCGAACACCAGCGAAUUAUACUUUCUCUUUACCUUGCGGACAAGUACAUGGCUCAAUAUGAUUCAACACACUGCACUCCACUGCCAGCAAAUUUCUUACAACUGCCAUUAACAGACCAAGUUGAGACAUCCUACGAAAUCGUUGAUAAUAUUGAUUAAAGAAAGCUGACUUCACUUCAAAUAUAAAACUUGUCCUGUACAAGCAUUCCAACAGGCAUCGAGAUCAUGAUCAGAGGAGAAGGUUAUAGUUGGUAUUGCAAAAUUUCCUUGACAUUUGAAGAGAACUAUUGAGAUAUGAUUGUCCAUAACAAUUUGCAGUUAUAACAUGCAGUUUAGUGAAAAAGCAAGCUAUGAAUAAGCUAUAGCUUCAACAGAUAACCACUAGAAUGUCACAUAGAUACGCCUACAAAGUGUAGACCACACCAUGUUAGAUGAUUUAAUCAGAAUACACAUAGGUAUUCGUUUUUACCUAUGAAAACAUAUACCACCAAUUAAUGUUUGCAUAUCUAACUGUCUAAAGUAAGAAAAGAUAAAAGUGUCAUAUUUGCUUUUAUUAUUAGGCGUUUACUUAGCUAUGCAGUAAUUAUUAUCUUAGGCUGUGUUAUCUUAGAUUGUUGAAUUACACACAUUUCUAUACGUAUUUGUGAUAAUAUCAGUCUUCAAGAAUAUCUGUCAAUUGCACACGUUUUUACAUUUUGGUAAUGUAAAGUGUAAAAUGUAAAGCCAAUGACGGCUAUGUUGUUAUCUUUGUAUCAGCAGUUUCAAGAAAAAAUUUACAAAAUGUUCAAUCGAGAUAUUUACACCUUGGUUACACCUAGGGAUAAGACUUACGGGGUUUAUUUCCCGCUAUACAUCAUUAUUAUGUGCACCACGUGCAUGAAUGUGGACAUUAGCGCAAGCCUGAACAACUUCUGAUUUGUGAUUAUGGGAGGUAACUAGAUGACUGGUAAUGUCUUUGAUCACUGAUCCAAAGCCGAUUUUGACUUCAGCGCAUUGUAAAUUUUUUUAAUAAAUGGUUUGUGAAUUCGUCCUAUAAGAAAUAAAUUAUUUCUCAAAAAACA